GCAGAAAAGGCGGGGGCGCGCGGGCCGGGCCAGGACCGGACACCGCCAGCGAAGGGUCCGCCGCCCCCCUGCAGCUCCCCCGCAGCUCUCCCUCCCCCAGCCAUCCCCCCUGCCCCCUCGGCAUCCCCCCCGGCAUCCCCCCCGGCAAGCUCGGAGGGCGGCGGGAGGCGGCGCGGGGUCCGGGAGCCGCCGCCGGUCCCGCUCAUCGUCGUCGUCCUCCUCCUCCGGGCCGCCGCCGGGCUUGCGGCCCCCCGCCCGCAAGAUGCCCAUGCCCAGGAAGAAGCCCGACCCCAUCCAGCUCAACCCCACCCCGGACGGGGCCGCCGUCAACGGCACCAGCUCCGCCGAGACCAACCUGGAAGCGCUCCAGAAGAAGCUGGAAGAACUGGAGCUGGACGAGCAGCAGCGCAAACGACUGGAGGCUUUCCUAACCCAGAAACAGAAAGUCGGGGAACUCAAGGAUGACGACUUCGAGAAAAUCAGCGAGCUGGGAGCCGGGAACGGCGGGGUGGUAUUCAAGGUCUCCCACAAGCCCUCUGGGCUGAUCAUGGCCAGAAAGCUCAUCCACCUAGAGAUCAAGCCAGCCAUCCGGAACCAGAUCAUCCGGGAGCUGCAGGUGCUCCACGAAUGCAACUCCCCUUACAUCGUGGGCUUCUAUGGGGCCUUCUACAGUGAUGGCGAGAUCAGCAUCUGCAUGGAGCACAUGGACGGCGGGUCCUUGGAUCAGGUCCUGAAGAAAGCCGGAAGAAUUCCAGAGCAGAUUCUGGGCAAAGUUAGCAUUGCUGUAAUAAAAGGUCUAACGUAUCUGAGGGAGAAACAUAAAAUUAUGCACAGAGACGUGAAGCCGUCCAACAUCUUGGUGAACUCCCGCGGUGAGAUCAAGCUCUGCGACUUCGGGGUCAGCGGGCAGCUGAUCGACUCCAUGGCCAACUCCUUUGUGGGCACGAGGUCCUACAUGUCGCCGGAGAGACUACAAGGCACUCAUUAUUCAGUGCAGUCGGACAUCUGGAGCAUGGGCUUAUCCUUGGUGGAGAUGGCUAUUGGCAGGUACCCGAUCCCUCCUCCCGAUUCCAAGGAGCUGGAACUGAUGUUCGGAUGCACGGUGGAGGGAGACGCUUCAGAGACGUCGCCCCGACAGCGGACCCCGGGGAGGCCCAUUAGCUCUUACGGCCUGGACAACAGACCACCCAUGGCCAUCUUUGAACUGCUGGACUAUAUCGUCAACGAGCCGCCGCCCAAGCUGCCCAAUGGAGUCUUCAGUCUUGAGUUUCAAGAUUUUGUGAAUAAAUGCCUCAUCAAAAACCCGGCCGAGAGAGCCGACCUGAAGCAACUCAUGGUUCACGCUUUCAUCAAGAGAGCCGAGGCGGAAGACGUGGACUUUGCGGGCUGGCUGUGCUCCACCAUAGGCCUGAACCAGCCCAGCACGCCCACCCACGCCGCCGGAGUGUAAGCGUGGCUCGUGGGAGGGGGCAGGCCGGCCCCCUCCGUCGGGCAGUCCCCACGGUGCCCCCGAGGUCCUCUUCCUCGCGCUUUGUGUCCGGUCGGAUGUGUUGUUUCUCCCCUCCCCACCCCCGCCGCACCCCUUCGGAGGAGGGGGAAGAACAAGCAUGUGCCAAAUUCUGUUCGUGUCGAUUUUGGUCCCCUGGGGUGGGGCUGGCAUCACGCCCGGGGGCUGCCGUUGGUGGCGAUUACCAAACCGUGUGCAACGUGGAGUGCCAGUGAAACCCUUGGUGAACAUGGAUAGUCGUUGCUAUUGAAACUCGCACUGCUGUUCGUCUGCGCCUGUUGGGUUGGUGGCUUUUGGGAUUCUGUGACAUUUGAGUGGCGCUUCGUUCGCGCUGGGCCCGUCUCUCUCUCUCUCUCUCUCUCUCUCUCUCUCUCUUUCCCUCCCCAUGACCGCCCGGUGGAGGCAGGAGGACUUGGAUCCUUCCCAGGCAGUGCACGUGAAGCAUGCUUUCCGCUGCUAUAUGAAAACGACCGCCAAAAAGUGGACGUCACGGUUUUUCUGCUGGGUUUUAUUUUUAUUUUGGCUAUUUUGUGUAGAAUUCAGAUGUCCCAGUUGAAAUCAAGCCAGAGGCCCUGACCGCCACAGUAGACAGGGCUGAAUCAGUCUACUGGAGUGGCCUAGAGGCUUCUGGUUAUAGCUCUAUAUUUAUUUUUAAAUAUACUGUGUUGGAUAUGCAGAAUUGUUUUAGUGGCCUGUCUCCAUUUUUUGACUGGUAUUUUUAAAAUAGUGGGUUUUUGUUUUUUUGAAUGCCACACGGAUCAACAUGUUCAAAGCGCACCAGGCUUAUCUUUCUCCUAAUCCAACUACAGAAUAUAUUGUAAGACAAUAGUGUGUAUAGUGCCUAAAUUGUAUGAAAAUCCUUUUAACCAUUUUAUCCUCAGAUGUUUAACAAAUUGAAUCUCUUAUUCUAAUAAAUAUAUUAUCACGUAAAAAAAAUCUA